GAGGGUGAAGAUGUCUAGUUUGCGAAUUUCUUGUCUUCCUUUUGAAACUUCUGUGAGGAAUUUGGGUUAUGCAAAAACAGGUGCUGAGAUGGAAUACUCAGAGGAUGAUAAGAAAACAAAGCUUGGCUCUUUAAAGAAGGUAGCAAUCAGUGCAUCUUCAAAGUUCAAGCAUUCCUUGCAAAAGAAGGGGAGAAGGCAUAGCAGGGUUAUGUCUAUUGCAAUUGAGGAUGAAGUUGAUGCAGAAGAGUUGCAAUCAGUUGAUGCUUUUCGCCAAACACUCAUCUUAGAAGAGCUAUUACCCUCAAAGCAUGAUGAUCAUCAUAUGAUGUUAAGAUUCUUGAGAGCAAGAAAAUAUGAAAUCGAGAAAACAAAACAAAUGUGGGCAGAUAUGCUUCAGUGGAGGAGGGAGUUUGGUGCUGACACAAUUCUGGAGGAUUUUGAAUUCAAGGAGUUAGAAGAAGUCCUAAAAUACUACCCGCAAGGGCAUCAUGGAGUUGAUAAGCAAGGGCAACCUGUUUACAUAGAAAGGUUGGGUCAGGUUGACUCUAACAAGCUGUUGCAAGUCACAACUUUGGAUCGCUAUCUUAAGUACCAUGUGAGAGAGUUUGAGAGGACAUUCGCUGUUAAGUUCCCUGCUUGUUCCAUUGCAGCCAAGAAACACAUUGACCAAAGCACAACAAUCUUGGAUGUGCAAGGAGUGGGUCUCAAAAGUAUGAACAAAGCUGCAAGGGAUCUCAUCCAACGUCUUCAGAAGAUUGAUGGUGACAACUACCCUGAGACCUUAAACCGUAUGUUCAUCAUUAAUGCUGGUUCAGGAUUUAGGCUGUUGUGGAACACUGUCAAGUCAUUCCUUGAUCCUAAGACCACCGCCAAAAUCCAUGUCCUAGGUAACAAAUACCAGAGCAAGUUACUUGAAAUCAUUGAUGCCAGUGAACUUCCAGAGUUCUUGGGUGGUACUUGUACCUGUGAAGACAAAGGUGGUUGCUUGCUUUCAGACAAGGGACCAUGGAAUGACCCAGAAGUCUUGAAGAUGGUUCAAAAUGGAGCAGGAAAGUGCAAGAGGAAAACUUUAUCUGGGAUCGAAGUGAAAACCAUAAUUGAAGAUGAUACAGAAUGCCAAAAGGUAAUCGGUUACCUACUUUACAAUUUCAAAUUAAGUUUUGCUCUGAAACUUUCUUGCCAUUGUCAGAAAAAAUUGACCAUCUCUUUGGGUACUCCCUUUGCACAUCAGCAGGUGGCAUUUGCCCCAGUGAAUUCAUCUUGGGAAAAAGCAGAACAAAAAGAUCAGUUAGCCCUUUCUAAAAAUUGUUUGUCUAGCAACAGUAAUUCUAAUAAGUUUAGAAUCCCUUUUACUGGUGGAAUCAUGUCCGUUCUUAUGGCAGUGAUAACAGUUAUCCGCCUGGCAAAGAAAGUGCCAAGAAAAAUCACUGGAACUGACUUGUUUAGUAACACAGCACAUAGUAAUGGUAACAAAAUGAAAGCACCUGCAAUUUGCAUGGAUGAUCAAAUGUCCAUGAUGAAGCGCAUGGUUGAACUAGAAGAGAAGGUGAAUAUCCUCUCUAAGAAACCUGACAUACCAGCUGAGAUGGAAGAAUUGCUGAAUAAGGCUCUUAGCAGAAUCAGUACGCUAGAACAAGACUUGGCUAUUACCAAAAAGGUAUUAUUGGUUUUCCUUCAUACUACAACCUCAUCAUCAUUUGAGAAUAACAUUGAUUGA